CUAGCGGCUGCUCAGAUAGGCCGAUAGUCGCCGAUCGUAACCACGGAUAUAUCAACAACGCCCUUUUGUCAGUAAUCCUCAAUUCCGUCUCACAUAAGUCUCACACGGGGAUACAUAAACCUACUCUGACCGCCCGCACGAAGUCUCUUUUCAGUUGAUUUCUCUUUCGUUCAAUUGCUUGGUGAGAGUGAAGAUGCGUGAAUCUGCCAGCGGUAGCGUAGCUUCUGCCGUGGCCGAGAACGGCACGAAUGCACUCAGUGAUGAACGAACCCCGUUGCUCAAGUCUACAAGUCAACCUCAGAAUCAAGAUGCCGAACCACUAAGUGAAGCUCAAGGAGAUGACCCUGAUCGAGGUUUACCAGCAGGACAAGAGGAAGAGACAACCGUUGUUGCUGAGGAGGUAUCAACUGGCCGGUUGGUUCUCAUCUUUGGUACAGCGUGGAUCGGAGUCUUUUUGGGUGCCAUCGACUCUACUAUUAUUGCGACUCUCUCAGGACCAAUUUCGAGCGAGUUCCAAUCCCUCAGCUUGUUGUCAUGGCUUGCAACCGCCUACCUCAUCUCCAAUGCCGCAUGCCAACCUAUUUCGGGGCGGUUGACAGAUAUCUUUGGCCGAGGACCGGGUCUCGUAUUCAGCAAUAUAUUCUUCGCAGCCGGUAAUCUCAUUUGUGGUCUGGCCCGUGAUCAGACCACCAUGAUCAUAGGACGUGUUGUCGCAGGCAUUGGAGGUGGUGGAUUGAUGAGCAUCUCGACGUUCCUGGGCUCAGACCUGGUCCCUCUACGUAAGAGAGGCAUUAUUCAGGGCUUAGGUAACAUCUGCUAUGGAUCUGGUGCAAUGCUGGGUGGUGUGUUUGGCGGCUUGAUUAAUGAUCACACAUCCCAGGGCUGGAGACUUGCCUUCUUGAUCCAGGUACCUCCAGUACUCGUCUCUGCUGUAGCAGUUCAUUUCUUGGUCAGGGUUCCUCCUAAGCAGUCGGAUAAGUCGUUCCUUGCACGCAUCGACUUUAUGGGGGCAUUCUUGACAUCUUCUUUCUUGGUAUUCCUGCUCUUGGGCCUCAACUCAGGCGGAAAUAUUGUGCCGUGGACUCAUCCACUCCCGCUGACCACGAUACCUCUUGCUUUCAUCACAUUUGGCUUAUUCUUGUUCUGGGAGAGUAAGGCCCGCCAGCCAAUCAUACCAGUGAAGCUUCUUCUCGACCGGACUGUCUUGAACGCCUGUCUCUGCAAUCUUGCCUGUACGAUGGCGGUAAUGGGGGCGCUCUUCUAUGUUCCCCUGUACCUGCAGGUUCUUGGCAGUAGUGCCACACAAUCUGGUAUCCAGAUUCUCCCAUCACCGAUCGGUAUCUCAGUGGGAUCUCUCCUUUCGGGCUUCAUUAUGAAGAGAACUGGAAAAUACACCAAACUAGGUGUAGUGAGCUUGCUCUUCCUUAUUGCGGGAGUUGUGGUUCUUACAAUACAAAAUGAGCAUAGUCCCAAGUGGCUGAUGGGAGUUUCUUUCUUCUUGAUCGGUUCUGGAUAUGGUGCAACCCUCACAACGACGUUGUUGGCAUGCAUUGCUGCUGUUGACCACUCUCAGCAGGCUGUCAUCACCUCUGCAACCUAUCUGGCACGCAGCCUCGGUAGUACUGUGGGAGUUACCAUUGGCUCAGCCGUGUACCAAAACAUCCUCAAAGCUAGACUUUGGGACAGAUUCGGUGCCGAGCCUGGGGCUGCAGAUGAGAUUCGCCGCAUCAGAGACGACCUGGAUGAGAUUAAGCAUCUUCCUGAAGGAUGGUAUGACGGCGUCAUCAGCUCUUUUGUGGAGGCCUUCAGGGGAGUGUGGCUUACACUGCUGGCCUUCGCUAUCAUUGGGCUACUGUGCAUCUCGCUCAUGAGGCAGCACACCCUUCAUUCGACUCUUGAGAGACGGUGAUUACUUUUGAAGCGGAGCCGUAAAUGAGGAUCAUAUCGUAAGGGGUUUGAAAGAGUUGGAAGAAAGAGAAAUUGAAAAUGCUGGAAGGAUAGAUUAAAGCAGUGGUUGAAGACCCGCCCUAGGUAGACAUGUAGUAAAUCACGGAUAUUCGUGGAUAAUGGGUCAAAUUUUCAGCCAGUGCUUGAAUGGGAUCGGUGCUAGUGAUGAGGCAUCUACAAUUUCCAUUUAAAUUUCUUUCAAUAGAAGUACGCUUUUUGAAAGAUGGCUUUCUUAG